GGUCCUUAAAUAUGUCCCUUGUGGGCUCUUGUUUACUCCAGGAGUCCCGGCUGCUGGGAGAAGCUGUACCAAAGGUGCCAUGAGCAAGAUCAGCGAGGUGGUGAAGCGGGCCCGGGCGGCCUUCAACUCCGGAAGGACGCGCCCGCUGCAGUUCCGGGUCCAGCAGCUAGAGGCGCUGCGGCGCAUGAUCACCGAGCGCCAGCAGGACAUCGCCGGCGCGCUGGCCGCUGACCUGCACAAGAACGAAUGGUCCGCCUACUAUGAAGAGAUAGCUUAUGUCAUGGAGGAGAUCGAGCUCAUGACAAAGAGGCUCCCGGAGUGGGCUAUGGACGAGCCAGUGGAGAAGACUCCCCAGACCCAGCAUGAUGAGUCCUACAUCCACUCGGAGCCCCUGGGCGUGGUCCUUGUCAUAGGGGCCUGGAACUACCCCUUCAACCUCACCAUCCAGCCCAUGGUGGGCGCCAUUGCUGCAGGGAAUGCAGUGGUCCUCAAGCCCUCUGAGGUGAGUGAGAACAUGGCGAACCUGCUGGCCACUCUCAUCCCUCAGUACCUGGAUAAGGCUCUGUACCCCGUGAUCACAGGGGGUGUCCCUGAAACCACAGAGGUUCUCGCAGAGAGAUUCGACCACAUCAUGUACACAGGCAGCACAGCUGUGGCGAAGGUUGUGAUGACAGCCGCUGCCAAGCAUCUGACCCCUGUCACCCUGGAACUGGGAGGAAAGAGCCCUUGCUAUGUGGACAAGGACUGUGACUUGGAUGUGGCCUGCAGACGCAUCGCCUGGGGGAAAUUCAUGAACAGUGGCCAGACGUGUGCAGCCCCUGACUACAUCCUCUGUGACCCCUCCAUCCAGAACCAAGUUGUAGAGAAGCUCAAAAAGUCACUAAAAGAUUUCUAUGGGGAAAAUACCAAGCAGUCCCGUGACUAUGGGAGGAUCAUCAAUGACCGGCACUUCCAGCGGGUCAUAGGCCUGAUCGAGGGCCAGAAGGUGGCCCACGGGGGCACCUGGGAUGCGGCCACCCGCUACAUAGCUCCCACCAUCCUCACGGACGUUGACCCCGAGUCCCGAGUGAUGCAGGAGGAGAUCUUCGGGCCUGUGAUGCCCAUCGUGUGUGUGGGCAGCCUAGAGGAGGCUGUCCAAUUCAUCAACCAGCGCGAGAAGCCGCUGGCUCUCUAUGUGUUCUCCAGCAACGACAAGGUGAUUAAGAAGAUGAUAGCAGAGACGUCAAGUGGGGGGGUGACAGCCAACGAUGUCAUCGUCCACAUCACUGUGCACUCUCUGCCCUUUGGAGGCGUGGGGAACAGUGGCAUGGGGUCAUACCAUGGCAAGAAGAGCUUUGAGACCUUCUCCCACCGCCGUUCUUGCCUGCUGAGGUCUCUGCUGAAUGAAGAAAUGCACAAAGCCAGGUACCCCCCAAGCCCGGCCAAGGUGUCCCGGCACUGA